CGCCGCCAAAGCCUGGAGAAGUGGAAUCUCGCCGGCGCCGCUGCCUGCGCGGGACUCGCGGAGCGGCACUGGGCAUGCUCAGUCGCCGGAGCCCGUCCUGGUCUCAAGUAGGAAGCUUGUGCGCUGCACCCGCAGCUGAUCCGGGCGCUCCGGGGAAGGCGAGAUUGGAGCAGAGUGGCCGGGCGCCGGUGCCGGAGCGAGCGCGGCGCGCAUCGCUGGAAGAAAACAGGAUUUUCAUUCGAUGCCAUUGCAUCGUUUUCCACUGAGAGCGAUAAUAGUGGGAUGGAUGGCCAUAUCCGGAGUUUGUAUACAUUUUUGCUUAAAAUGUCGGAGCUGCUGUGGGUGAGCUGCUGUGGUCUGUAGCCAAGCAUGCUGUGGUCAGAUCUGCCCAGCCGUGGAACAGAAACAUUUGCUGGAUGGAAAAUCCAUAAAAGAAAGCUGCUGUGAAAGCCGGAGACAGACAGUAACUUAAGCAAAAUCAGAUAUUUGGGCUGCUUGACCUCAUUGCGUGAUUGCUAUGAAUUAACAAGACUUUGUGGGAAAAGGGAACUUGCCUUUUGAGCUUUGUACCAAAGACCUGGGAAAAAACUAACCAUCUCAGUCUUUCCUGAGUACUUGGAAACUGCCGAGGCCCCUGCUAAUGUGCUGACUGGUCGCUAUGGGCAGACGGUACCCGGAGGCUCACUGUCACCCAGGCAGCUCAUCUGACUCAGGUGUAGACACUUUGGCAGUGUUUAUGGCCAGCAGCGGAACCACAGACAUCACGAAUCGGAACAGUCCAGCCACACCACCAAAUACCCUUAAUCUCCGUUCCUCCCACAAUGAACUGUUGAAUGCUGAAAUAAAACACACGGAAACCAAGAACAGCACACCCCCCAAAUGCAGGAAAAAAUAUGCACUAACUAACAUCCAGGUGGCAAUGGGCCUCUCCGACCCAGCUGCACAGCCUCUGCUGGGAAACGGCUCUGCCAACAUCAAGCUGGUGAAAAAUGGCGAGAACCAGCUCCGGAAGGCUGCAGAACAAGGGCAGCAGGACCCCAACAAAAAUGUCAGCCCCACUGCAGUCAUCAACAUAACUUCUGAGAAGUUAGAGGGCAAAGAGCCCCACCCACACGAUUCCUCAGGCUGUGAAAUUUUACCCUCCCAACCCAGGAGAACCAAGAGCUUCCUAAAUUACUAUGCAGACCUGGAAACCUCAACUAGAGAAUUAGAGCAGAACUUAGGCAACGAGCACGGGGGUGUGGAAGAGAAGCCCCAGCCGGGCCAGGACCAGGCCUCCACCGUCAUCGGGAAUGGCGAAGCACUCCCACAGAAACCAAACAAAGCCCAGUUCAGCCCCGAAGAUGGUCAAGUGGCCACCGUGUCAUCCAGCCCAGAGACCAAGAAAGAUCAUCCCAAAACGGGGGCCAAAACCGACUGCGCCCUGCACCGGAUUCAGAACCUGGCACCGAGCGAUGAGGAGUCCAGCUGGACGACACUGUCCCAGGACAGUGCCUCACCCAGUUCCCCGGAUGAAACAGCAGAUAUAUGGAGUGAUCACUCAUUUCAGACCGAUCCGGAUUUGCCGCCUGGCUGGAAGAGAAUCAUUGACGUCGCUGGGACCUAUUAUUGGCACAUACCAACAGGGACCACUCAGUGGGAGCGCCCUGUCUCCGCCCCAGCAGAUCUCCAUGGUUCUAGAAAAGGGUCACUUAGUUCUGUAACGCCAUCUCCUACCCCAGAGCACGAGAAACAGCCAUGGAGUGAUUUUGCUGUUCUGAAUGGGGGAAAGAUUAAUAGUGACAUUUGGAAGGAUUUGCAUGCAGCUACAGUUAACCCGGACCCCAGUUUAAAAGAGUUUGAAGGAGCAACACUCCGCUAUGCAUCUUUGAAACUCAGAAAUGCCCCCCAUGCUGAUGACGACGAUUCCUGCAGUAUCAAUAGUGACCCAGAAGCCAAGUGUUUUGCUGUGCGUUCCCUGGGAUGGGUGGAAAUGGCAGAGGAGGACCUCGCCCCUGGUAAAAGCAGCGUUGCCGUCAACAACUGCAUCAGGCAGCUUUCUUACUGCAAAAAUGACAUCCGGGAUACGGUCGGCAUCUGGGGAGAGGGGAAAGACAUGUACCUGAUCCUGGAGAACGACACACUCAGCCUGGUGGACCCCAUGGACCGCACCGUGCUCCACUCCCAGCCCAUCGCGAGCAUCCGCGUGUGGGGCGUGGGCCGCGACAACGGCCGAGAGAGAGAUUUUGCUUACGUAGCAAGAGACAAAGAUACGCGAAUUUUGAAAUGUCAUGUAUUUCGAUGUGACACACCAGCAAAAGCCAUCGCCACAAGUCUCCACGAAAUCUGUUCCAAGAUUAUGGCCGAACGGAAGAAUGCCAAAGCCCUGGCCUGCAGUUCCUUACAGGAAAGAACCAAUGUGAAUCUCGACGUUCCCUUGCAAGUAGAUUUUCCAACACCAAAGACUGAGCUGGUCCAGAAGUUCCACGUGCAGUACUUGGGCAUGUUACCCGUAGACAAACCCGUCGGAAUGGAUACCCUGAACAAUGCCAUAGAAAGUCUUAUGACCUCAUCUAACAAGGAGGAUUGGCCGUCAGUGAACAUGAAUGUGGCCGAUGCUACUGUGACUGUCAUCAGUGAAAAGAAUGAAGAGGAAAUCUUAGUGGAGUGCCGCGUGCGAUUCCUGUCCUUCAUGGGCGUCGGGAAGGAUGUUCAUACAUUUGCCUUCAUCAUGGACACCGGGAACCAGCGUUUCGAGUGCCACGUUUUCUGGUGCGAGCCUAAUGCGGGUAACGUGUCUGAGGCGGUACAGGCCGCCUGCAUGUUACGAUACCAGAAGUGCUUGGUAGCCAGGCCGCCUUCACAGAAAGUUCGACCACCUCCUCCGCCAGCAGACUCAGUGACCAGAAGAGUCACAACCAAUGUAAAACGAGGGGUCUUAUCCCUCAUUGACACUUUGAAACAGAAACGCCCUGUCACAGAAACGCCAUAGCUGCAUUUGCUACAGGAUUCUGUAAUAUUUACCUGAAGAUUGAAUAGCUACACUAAAGAAGAUGAACUGAUAUCUGGCCUUCCAUUCAGUUGCUGAUGCUUUGUCUUCAGAGAAUUUAUCCUUAACCAAACAGUGUUAGACAAGCAUGUUCUCUCGUCUUGCCACCAUCAUGUGAUAUGAAAAGAAGCAUGACUAAUUUUUUUUGCUAUCAGUAAGAUACAUCAUGAGCAGUGGAAGGUCUUUUUCUUAUUGUAAAUAUCGUGAACAUUAACUUCACACACACGGAGAAGAAUGUGGCCACACCCCUCCUAGUGAACUAACGCUGAGUCCUUGGAGUGAAUGACGCCUGAGUUAGUUUCACUGUCUUCUUGACUGGAUCUGUCACAAGCAAUGUUUAAGUCCUGCAACACUUGGCCCUGUUGCCGACAUUGGAGUAGCCACUGCGUACCAGAUACCAUUGAAUUGCUGUAAAACUAGGAUGAUGGGUUUUUGUUGCAGUCUUUCAUGAAAUUGAACCUUUGGGUUGACAGAAUUGGCUGUUGGCAUCAGUACACAAACCAACCGGCAGCUUUCCUUGACAAGCCCUUUGACACAUGGACACCAUUUCAUGUCUGCAGCUGUUUUGUGGGAUGUUGGGGAAAAAGUGAAACUUGAAAAUUGAAAAACAAACCAAAUUUGAGAAAUUAAAAUUGAACAAAAAAGAGCCUUUCUUUCUAGACGGUUUUCAAACUGAUUAUUAAAAACAAGAAAGAUUUAAGAAAAUCCUAAUGCAUUUCGGGUAGGACAUGUUUCAAACUUCUGCCUUAUAUUGUACAAUGCAGCUAGAGAAUUAUAGUUCACUCUGGCCAUUCUCUACAUAAACAUUAAAAUGAAAUCUUCCUCGUACGCCUUUUAUCCUUAGUUUGUUAAUUAGCCAAUAUGCAAUUUGGAGUUGAGGAAAUGUCAUUUAUAUUUUGGAUCUCCACCACCACAUUAUUUUGUUAGUCCGCCUCCUAGUGAAACCCACUAGGAUUCUGUAUCUAGCUCAGUCUUACCCUAAUGCUUUUUGCCCAGAAAGCUGUCUGUCCAUCAUGUAUUGUCCAUGGCAACAAAUUACAUUAAAUUUGAACCUUUUGAA